AAAAUGGCCAUAGCGGUACUCAGCGCCUUAGACAACGCUCGUACACAAUGGUACCACGUCACAGCAAUAGUGAUAGCUGGUAUGGGCUUCUUCACCGACGCAUACGACCUUUUCUGUAUCACAGCCGUCUCCAAACUCUUGGGCCGUCUUUACUAUUUCGAUCCCGAAUCAUCAAAGCCCGGAAAGCUUCCUCCUAACGUUAACAACGCCGUCACUGGUGUAGCUCUGAUCGGAACCCUAUCCGGUCAGCUCGUCUUCGGCUGGCUUGGCGAUAAACUAGGCCGCAAGAAAGUUUAUGGCAUCACUCUCGUCAUGAUGGUCAUCUGCGCCAUUUGCUCCGGCAUUUCUUUGGGUUCCAGUAAAGAGGCAGUGAUCGGGACCCUAUGCUUUUUCCGGUUUUGGUUAGGGUUUGGUAUCGGCGGGGACUACCCACUCUCCGCAACUAUCAUGUCCGAAUACGCAAACAAAAAAACCAGAGGCGCUUUCAUCGCCGCCGUGUUCGCCAUGCAAGGCGUCGGGAUAAUCUUUGCUGGGCUGGUUUCCAUGAUAGUUUCGAAGAUAUUCCUCGAGUACAAUAAAGCCCCGCCCUACAUAGGUGGUGAAUUCAAUCGUGUCUUAUCCACACAACCGAACGCCGAUUACAUGUGGCGAAUUGUGUUAAUGCUCGGAGCUCUCCCUGCUAUUUUGACUUACUACUGGCGAAUGAAGAUGCCGGAAACGGCUCGGUACACGGCGUUGAUAGUGGGAAAUGGAAAGCAAGCCGCCAUGGAUAUGGGACAAGUUUUAGAUAUAGAGAUCGCAGCGGACCAAGAUCAGUUGAGUCAAAUCAAGGCUGCUAACAGCUACACAUUAUUCUCUAUGGAGUUUUGGAACCGGCAUGGAUUGAAUUUGAUAGGGACGAGCACCACUUGGUUCCUACUAGACAUAGCAUUUUACAGUCAAAACCUGACCCAGAAAGACAUCUUCCCAGCGAUGGGUUUGGUCAAUAAGGACAUUGAAGUCAACGCACUGAGAGAGGUGUUCGAGACAUCACGUGCCAUGUUCGUGAUCGCCUUGCUCGGAACCUUUCCCGGUUACUGGUUCACAGUCUUCUUCAUCGAAAAGCUUGGUCGUUUCAUCAUACAACUGGUAGGGUUCUUCAUGAUGUCGGUCUUCAUGUUGAUCAUAGGAAUCAAGUAUGAAUAUUUGAAGAACGACAACAAAUGGAUGUUCGCCGUUUUGUAUGGUUUGACGUUUUUCUUCGCCAAUUUCGGACCGAACAGCACCACAUUCGUGCUGCCGGCCGAGCUGUUCCCGACACGGCUGAGGUCCACGUGUCACGCCAUAAGCGCAGCCUCCGGUAAGGCUGGGGCGAUGGUCGGAGCUUUUGGGGUGCAGAGCUACACGUUGAGUGGCUCGACAGAUAAAAUAAAGAAGGCGAUGAUGAUAUUAGCUGCGACGAAUAUGUUGGGAUUUUUGUUCACAUUUUUGGUGACUGAAACUAAAGGACGGUCGUUGGAAGAGAUUUCGGGUGAGGACGGCAGUGAAAAUGAAAAGCAGACCACGUUCAACGCCGGAAGACUGUCUAUGUCCAAAUCGACAAGCAGUACUAGACGGAAUAACGACGCCGUUUCGCAGUGA